AUGGGCUGCGCCGGAGUUGCCGUCUAUCGAUGGGUCCGCGUACCUGCGCACCUGCGGCACCUCCCCAAGGUGCCAGUUAUGCCACUCCUGCUCAGCUACCUGUCCGGAGAAGUCGAGGAGCGGCGGGUCAAGCGUAUCAUUAUCCCUUUCGCACAGAAGGCCGGCACUGACGUCGUGCUGGUGUUCUGCCUCGGCGAGUGGGUAGUCCAUAUCGUCGAAGCUAAUGCCGCAAAACGGAUCAUGGAGCAGCGCGGGCUCAGGAAGCAAGAGCUCCCCGCGGAGAUGCUGCUGUGGCGGCUAACGGGGCGCCAGAACGUCUUCACAGCGGAGGGCGAGAUGUGGAAGCGCCACGCGAAGAUUAUGCACGAGGCCCUGCACCGCACCAUCCCGAUCGAGCAGUUCGCAGCCCUCUCGCGCAAGACGUUCGCGCUCAUAGGAGACGGCGGGCGAGUCCAAUGGAACGACUACACGCACCGCUUCAGUCUUGACGCGGUCGGGACCACCGUCAUCGGGUACGACUUCGAAGCGCUGGACAAGCCGCACGGAGCGUUCGUGGAGAGGUAUCAUGAGGUGAUGGCCGCCAUCUCGAGUCCCGCGUACAUCUUCCUUCCCGCACUCGAGCGGUGGAUGCCGCGCCCCGCGAUUCGGGAUAUGGUCGAUUCCUUGGUCGAAGAGUUCCGCGUCCUCCUGCAAAAGAAGAGAGAUCAUCCCGGACCCGAUAUGAUCACGUACAUGCUGGAGAAUCCGGAGAUGUCGGAGACAGAGCUGAGGGACAACAUCAUCGUGACUUUCAUGGGCGGGCAUGAUACCACGGCAGGGUCGUUGUCGACUAUCGUGUUCUUGUUGGGCCAGUAUCAGGACGUCCAGGCCCGCCUCCGCGCAGAGGUCGCCAGCAUCAUGGGUUCCGAUGAGCCACGCCUGGAACAUUUCUCGAGGAUGCCAUAUCUCAACGCUGUCAUCCGAGAGUCGAUGCGCUUCAACAACCCGUCGAACGUUCUCAUCCCCCGUCUCUCGGACGACCCGUUGCAGGUCGGCGCGCACGUCAUUCCACCCGAUACCCCCUUUAUCAUCAACAUGUGCGCCAUCCUGCACAACAGCACGUCUUGGGCAGAUCCCGACGCGUUCGACCCGGACCGCUUCUUGAAUUCGGACAAGUCUACCGCGGACGCCAGUUGGAUCCCCUUCGGGCUCGGGCCGCGGCAGUGCCCCGCUCGCGCGUUCUCUCUGUAUGAGCAAAAGGUCCUAGUCAGCAUGCUACUUCGGGAGUAUAGGUGGUGGAUCCCUAAGGACACUGUACAUCACGACUAUAUCAAGAACGCGUUCUCUCCGUUCGCGCUCAGCCUACCCUACGACGUUGACAUUGAUAUCGUGAAGCUUACCUAG